AUGUCUAGCCCACAGCAGUCAAACGCUUACGUCCUUGGUGUGGGCAUGACCGAGUUCAUCAAACCUCGCCGAACCAGAGAGUAUCCCGAGCUGGGCUUUGAGGCUGGCGCCAAAGCGAUGCUUGAUGCGCAAAUCACCUAUGACGAAGUCCAGUAUGGAGUCGGGUGUUUCUGCUACGGUGGAACCUGCAGCGCCCAGCGAGUGUUUUACCAAUAUGGCAUGACCGGAAUCCCAAUUCUCAAUACCAACAACGCAUGCGCAACAGGUUCCACUGGGCUCCAUCUCGCGCGGACUAUGGUACGAAACGGUGCAGCGGACGUGAUCCUGGUCGUGGGCUUCGAGCAGAUGGCUCCAGGUGCAAUCAAAGAUCCAUUCGAAAGCCUACCGAGCCCUAUGGAGUUCUCUGCAAAGAUGAUGGAAGAGACAAGAGGCCGCCAUGACAGUCCUCGUACUGCGCAAUACUUUGCGAACGCUGGAAGGGCAUACAUGGAAAAAUAUGGUGCUCGCGCUGAAGAUUUCGCCGAGAUCGCGCGCGUUAGCCAUGAGCACUCCACACGCAAUCCAUACGCCCAAUUUAAGAAAGCGUACACCCUCGAGGAAAUCUUGUCAUCGCCCAUGAUUCAUGCGCCACUCACGAAACUCCAAUGCUCGCCGACCAGCGACGGAGCUGGCGCUGCGGUGAUCGUGUCGGAACGCUACCUUUCCAAGAGGCCAGGGUUGAAAGCACAGGCAAUCCUGAUGGCCGGCCAGUCGAUGAUGACGGACACUCCAACAACGUACUCUCGAGAUGCAAUAGACUUGGUAGGCUACGACAUGACCGCUCGAGCUACGAAGCUUGCACUGCAAGAAGCGGGCACGUCGAGCAAGGAGAUUGGUGUCUGCGAGCUGCAUGAUUGCUUCUCGACCAAUGAGAUGGUACUACUUGAUGGCUUAGGGUUCUGCGAUAAGGGCCAAGCGCAUUGGAUGGUUCGUAACGGCGACAUAACUCAUGGCGGGAAAGGGCCAAUCGUCAAUCCCUCUGGUGGUCUGAUCUCGAAAGGUCAUCCACUGGGGGCAACUGGUCUUGCACAGUGUUGCGAGUUGACAUGGCAGCUGCGUGGCUGGGCUAACAACAGACUCGCACCACCGACCAAAUUUGCACUGCAGCAUAAUCUGGGGCUAGGAGGCUGCGUGGUGGUGAACAUAUACAGACGAGCUGACGGCCAAGGCAGCAAGCCAAUGACGGACGAUGAGAUUAAGUCUUCUACCAAGUGGACGUAUAAUCCAGCAACUUCGGCGCGCGUCAUACGCCGCGAAGAUGCAGCAAAGGUUGUGAGCAGAAAGGCCAAGGUGGAUUAUGUGCAGGGGGAUACACUUGAGAGAAUCGAGUCUAGACUGUAG